AUGCAUCUUUGGAAGAGGCAGCCAAGCACUCUGACAGACGGUUAUUUUCAUCUACGCCAUUACUCUAACCACGUCGCCGCCGCCGCAGCCACCACCGCCGCCGCCGCCGCCACCACCGCCGCCGCCGCCGCCACCACCACCGCCGCCGCCGCCACCACCACCACCACCACCACCACCACCAUCACCACCACUGCUGCUGCCGCCGCUACCGCAGCUAUCAUUAUCAAGGCUAAAAACACAAGCGCCGCAACUACCAGUGUCUUUGUGUAUGUCCUAGGCGAGAGUGGCAUCGGCAAUUGCGGCGACUCAACGUGA